CGAUUUCCUUUGGACCGGUUCCACCAUCUCGGGCGUAGACCGCCGCUAGACCCCCACCCUCCCCUCGUCGGUCUCCCUCCCCACCCCCCACCCCCAUCGCCCGCCGAGACCGGCGUGGUCCCCGCUCCCGCGGUCGAAACAGGCGGCGCGGCAGCGGCAGCGGCGAAGGAGGACAGAUGGACUAGGGCCGCGUGCGCGCGCGGCGAUCGACGAGGGCAGCGGGUUCUUUCCAAGGGCGCACGGCACGCGGUUGGCCCAGGGCGGGGGAGGCGCGGGCGCCCAGGCCAGGGGGGCCUCUGCGGCUAGCCGAGCCGAGUGCUGCGGCGGAAGUGGGCGGGCCGCGGCAGCCGGCUCCUCAGGCGUUAAUUAUUUUCCCCCGCAGUUGAGUGGAACCACUUCUGAUGCUGUCUCUGUAAAUAUUGAUGGAGCUAGCUGGGUAGAAAUGGACAGCAUUCAAGAUUCUCAAGAAGAAAGGCUUCAAAGAAGGGAGAAUGGUGAAGACAAAGAAAAGGUGGUUGAUUACGGAAAUGCUUUGACUCGCAAGGAGGCAACAGAAGAGCUUCUUGGUUGUGUAGUCCAUAGUGAGGAAGAGGCAUACAAACUGUACUGUGAUUAUGGGCAUCGAAUUGGUUUUAGUGUGCGGAAGGGCAAACAGUCUUACUUUAUUGGUACCAAGAAUAUUCGAACAAAGGAUUACUACUGCUCAAAGGAAGGGCUUAAAUAUGAUGAGCCUGUUACAGAAGCAAAUUUUAAUCGACCAGACACAAGAACUAAUUGCAAAGCAAUGAUCCGCUUUAGAGUUGAUGAGAAGGGACGAUGGACAGUUAUACGCUUUGUUCCUGAGCAUAAUCACCAGUUGGCGAAACCUGGGGAAAGGCACAUGCUGAGAUCGGCCAAGUCGCUUGCUGUUGGCAAAUCAGGUGCUGUAGAUCCAUCAGCAUCUACAGAGUCACAUCCAAUAAAUGGUUUCUCUGAUACCAUUGAAGGUAAUAUAGCUGAGAAUCCAGGGUAUACUAUAAGGGAUUGCUACAAUCAAGUGAGCAUGCAGGUUAUAACGAUAAUUGAGGCAGGAGACAGCCAAAGUCUUGUCAGCUAUUUCAAACGUAGAACCAACGAGGAAGGCAUGUUUUAUUGGGAUGUCCAAGUUGAUCAAGAAGGGCGCAUGACUAACUUCUUCUACAGGGAUGGUAAAAGUAGAAAUGAUUAUGACUGCUUUGGAGAUGCUGUUAUAUUUGACACAACCUACCGCACAAAUAAAUAUAACUUGAUAUGUGCCCCAUUUGUUGGUGUUGACCACCAUUGGCAGAAUGCUGUUUUCGGCUGUGCAUUCUUGUUAGAUGAGUCUGUAGCUUCCUACGCCUGGGUAUUUAAAUCAUUCUUGGAGUCAAUGGGAGGUCGAUCACCAAAAUCAAUUUUCACUGAUCAGGAUGAAGCUAUUAUGCAGGCAAUCGAGCAAGUUUUUCCUAACACACAACAUUGCUUUUCCUACUGGCAUAUUCUGAAGAAUGCACAAUCUCAUUUAGGUGCACUAAAUACUUCUCAAGCAUUUCAAAAUAUGUUUAUGAAGUGUAUGCAAGGAUCUGACUCGGAACAGGACUUUGAAGGAUCCUGGACUGCAAUGCUCCAUGAAUACAAACUACAGGAUAAUAGCUGGCUGAUUGACCUUUAUAGGUUCCGUCAUAAAUGGUGCUCAGUAUUUAACAAAGAUACCUUUGAUGGUGGGAUUAAUUCAUCUCAGUGGGGGGAGGUUUCAAACAAUAUUCUCAAUGGAAUUUCUGAUGAAUCUACCUCUCUUACACGUUUUGCCCUUUUGCUAGAAAAGGUUGUCAAGGCUCUACGCAGAAAUGAAUCUGAAGAGGAUUUUCGCUGUAGCCAAACUGCUCCAGUUCGUGCAGUUAAGCAUAGUACAGUUCUGAAGCAGGCUGCAGAAUCAUAUACUCAUAGGAUCUACAAAUUAUUUGAGGCAGAAUUUCUGGAUGGAUGUGGAGCAACUUCAUGCCACGAAACUUCUUCUGUUGGAAAUUUAUUGAGGUAUGAAAUUACGAUGCAGGGGAGGGGUUCAAAAGUAUGGGCUGCUCUUGACACUUCCACCAUGGAGAUCACUUGUGGUUGCAGAAAAUUUGAAAGGAUGGGUCUUCUUUGUUCACAUGCUCUCAAAGCCUUCAGCCUGCAGAAUGUGGACACAAUUCCAGAAAAGUAUAUUUUGAAACGCUGGACAAAAGAUGCCAGGAGAAGCAUGUAUAAACUUACUCAAGAUGAUUAUUCAACCCAACAGGAAUGCACUGAGGCUGAACUUGCAUAUCGCAAUCGGGCAAUGCAGUAUGCAUAUAACCUGAUUAUGAAGAGUCAGGAACUGGAAGAAUCAAGAAAAAUAUUUUGGGACUCCCUUGAAACUGGAGAGAAGGCACUGGAAGUAUUCUUUGAAAUGAGAAAGUUGCGCACUCAAGCUGCAAAAGAUGCUAGUAAAAGGGAGAAAAAGAAGAAAAAACCAUCAAAAGGACCAAACUCAAAAAAAGCAAAACAAGUCCCAACAACUUCCUCUACUGGUUGGGAGCUAAUUGUCCAAACUAAUGAGCAUCAGUUGCAAUCUUCACAAGAUGCUCAGGGUAAUGCAACAAAUGGAAGACCAAUUUACUACCAGCAGGCUUUUCCAACUGCCCCUAUGCAACCAAACCAGAUCUACAUGCAUCCGAAUAUGCAUACAAUGCCUCUUUGCACGCCACAGCAGGAUUUGUCUGCAUAUGCUGCAAUACGUCCUGAUUCAAAUUUCAGUGGUGCCAAGAACAUCUGAAGGAUAUUAAGGAUCCUCUGGACGUCGCUGGACAAUCUUAUUUGAGGAUCGCUGCUACCAACUUCAGCUUGAACUUUGUCGGCCUUUAUGUAGGCCGCGUGGUGCUUCUUCAUGUUGGUUCAUGAGUCCUUUUUACUGAUCUUUAGGGAAGUGCCUGUUCUGGCUAUUACUAUAUGCAACCUCUUCUGCAUAGAGCAAUAGAGCAGUAGCCAGUAGCUUGCUAUUAAUCUCAGGCAGGCAAUUUUAGGCUUGUAAAUUGCAAGUUAUGAGAGAUUGAGCAGUGGUCAUUGCGUAACCAUACUGAUGUAGGGAUUCUCUUGCGUGAAAAGCCGUCUCAGGUCAAAUAUAAACCGGUCAGAUGACACCUACUUACCUCCUGGCAUGUGGCGGCAGUUGUUGUGAACAGACGGAGAUCUCCAUCCGCUUCGUGUACGGUUUUUCUACUGAUCUUUGAAGGCGGCUUCUUGCGUGAGUUGAACUUGAGCAGCAGAAUCGCUGUACGAAGAAGGGAGCAGGAAGAGAAGAGCUGCCGGCGCCGGGGAGCUCGUCAGCCCUGUAUAGGUGUCGAUCCGAACUGACAUUGAUCUCUGUAGUUUUGGGAGUGGCUUGUCUUAAUUUAUAGUGUACCUGGCUGCCAGUUCAUGUAAUCUAAUCUGAUCUAACCUUCGCCCCUGGUCAAUGAGAUGACAAACAGACUAAUGCUAGGAAAGGCGCAUUUGUAUUGGUAUUAGGAAGCCAUCUAUCUAUUUAUUGAGUAACGCUACACUUAAGGGAAAUCCUACAAAAUUCUACUUA